AUGAUGCGAUCCAAUUCUGACCUGCCACAGUGUGGUCUUGUGAUGACCUAUAAAACCGACCGAGCCAGCAAAGUACAGUGGGAGCCUGAGCAGCCAUCGGGCAUCGUGAUGCGUCACUCAGAGCUGCCCAGCGACCAGGUGCAGUCAUCGUGGCCGCCUGGAACCAUCCUUCUCAGUCAAGCCGGCGAAUCUGCCUCAUCGCCUCGGCUGCACCCCGUCCCUACGACCGACCCCGACGACCCCUUGAACUGGUCUUCUCGCCGAAAGACCAUCCACUUCACGCUCGUCAACUUUUACGUCUUUCUCAGCUUCGUGCAGCUCGACAUUGGCGGCGCCGCCUGGAAGGCCUACCAGCAAGAGCUGCACUUCACCCCCAACUUCCUCAACGCCAGCGUCGCGUACAACUAUGUCGGCCUGGCCUGCGGCUGCAUCCUGUUCGUGCCGCUCAUCUACAAGUACGGUCGCCGGCCCGUGUAUCUGUGCAGCGCGGUCCUGCAGCUCGCGGCAUGCGUCCUGACGGCGCUGACCCGCAACGAGGGCGACUUUGUCGCGGGCAACCUGCUGACGGGCUUCGGCGGGGCCGUGAGCGAGAUCAUCGCGCAGGUGACGAUUGCGGAUGUGUAUUUCGUGCAUCAGCAUGCGGCGAUGAAUGGCUGGUUCUUGUUUGCGCAGACGGCGGGCGCGACGCUGGGGCCGGUCGCGUCGGGGUAUGUUGUGGACGGGCAGGGAUGGCGAUGGAUGUGGUGGUGGUGCGUGGUGCUGUUUGGCGUCAAUCUUGUUUUGGUCGUCUUCCUGUUUGAGGAGUCGAAGUACUUGGUUCCAACGCGCUAUCAAACGACUGCUGCGCCUUGCGAGGAAACAAGCAAGCUUCCCCUCUCCGACCUCGCCCAGGAUGCGCACGUCCAUCACCUCGAGUACAACGAGGACAGUUAUGCACCCCGGCGCAAGACGUAUCGGCAGCGACUUGCCUUUACGACCAAGACUAAAGGCUCUAUUUGGCGGGACUUUUAUCGACCUUUGAUUCCGCUGUUCAAAUUUGCCGCCAUCGCAUACGCUGCCGUCACGUUUGGGACUCUCUCUAUCUCCUUUGCCGUCAUCUCGUCCGUCAUGUCGAUUUACUUGUUCGAGCCGCCGUACAAUUUCUCUGCGGCCAGUGUUGGGCUCAUCAACCUGGCCCUCUUCGUGACUGCCAUCCCUUCGCUGCUCUUUGGCGGGUACGGAAACGACCUUGUGAUACUCUGGCUUGCAAAGCGGAACCGAGGCGUCUUUGAGCCCGAGAUGCGCCUGUGGUUGGCAUUACCGAUGGCCAUCAUAUGCCCCGGCGGUGUAUUGUUGAGCGGGCUAACGAUCAGCUAUGGUGGCCCUUGGCCGUUGAUCGCCGUCGGGCUGGGCUUGUUUGGCUUUGGCAUGAACGUUAUCAAUGACGCCGCUCUAUCUUAUGCAAUGGAUAGCUACCAUGAAAUUAUCGGCUCUGCCAUGGUAGGGGUUGUUUUCGUGCGCAACGCCGCCUCCAUUGGCAUUCUCUUCGGCCUUACCCCAUGGAUUGAGAAGAGCGGGGUGCGCAACGUCAAUAUUGUCAUCUUUUGCUUCUGCUUCGCCGUCUUACUCCUUCCCAUCGUGUUGCUCAUUUGGGGUAAACGGGCCAGGGCGGCUUCUGCUGCGUCAUACAAGAAACUAGCUGAGAGGCAGUUGGCAGCUCGUCGAGCGUAG